GACGGCCACUCGGAGUGUAGUUUUAGACAGUUAAAUAUCAGUAUAAGUGUGUCUAUAAGGACUGAUAACUACUUCACUGAAAGACCAGGAUUACUGUAAAGAGAAGAAUGGAGAUGAGUGAGGAGAUUUAUGUAAAUGCAGAAGGUACAGCAGACGACGGAGCUGAUUCUAGUGGCAGUGAGAACUCUUAUGAAGAUUUUUAUGUGAAUGAGGACAAUUUAGAAACCCAGAGGACCGGAAGCUUCAAGCAAUCUGAUCGCUCAGGAUUAAAUACCAAAGGAGGCAGGUGUUACAGACUGACUGCAGUGUGUCUGCUGCUGCUGUGUGUUUUUCUGCUGACUGCCAUCAUAGUGCUGUGGAUCAAAUUCACCAACCUGAAUACACAGAUAGACCAGUUACAGACCAGUUACAACAACCUGACUAUAGAGAGAGACCAGUUACAGACCAGUUACAACACCCUGACUAUAGAGAGAGACCAGAUACAGACCAGUUACAACACCCUGACUGAAGAGAGAGAGCAGUGUCACCCUAGUAUCAUGUUGACUACAGUUCUUGUUAAACAAGGAUGGAUACUCUUCAACUCCAAUCUUUACUACAUCCCUACUGAGAAGAAGAGCUGGACUGAGAGCAGAGAGGACUGCAGAGAGAGAGGAGCAGACCUGGUGAUCAUAAACAGUGCAGAGGAAUGGGAGUUCAUCAUUAAACAGCUGGGCGAAAGUAAUCGGGCUUGGAUUGGUCUGAGUGACAGAGACACAGAGGGAGAGUGGAAGUGGGUGGACGGGACAGAAUUGAAGAGCGGCACUGGGUACUGGUAUAAGGGUGAACCGAAUAAUCAACAUAAUAAUGAAGACUGUGCUGAGAUCUGGACUUUUCCAGAUAAGAAGGCCUGGAAUGACAGACCAUGCUCUGAGAAACAAUGGUGGAUCUGUGAGAUAAAUAUUUUUUAGCGGUAAAUUUAGAUCCGAAGGCAAAAUUAUAAAAUGCAUAUCAAAUAUAUGUAAUGAGCAGUUGGACCCUUUAUAACUAUCAUUUAUAAAGAGCUAUUUAUCAUGUGACCCUCUCAGUUAACCUGCUCAUGCAGAACUACCACAUGUUAAUUCACCCAUUUCAUAUUUAUUUCAUAUAAUUCUUAUAGAUUUCAGUAAAAUAAAGUGCACAGAUUAACAAGGCAAGGAUUUUCUUAGACACCAUAAACACUUUUAGAUAUUUUCUUAAGAUAUGAUCAGUCCACUGAUUUGCCUGCAGAAUGAAAACUGAAUUAUUAAUCCACAGUGUCCUUCCAUGACGAUGAUGUUUUGCAGGAAACAGGUGUUUGGGUGUUUAUUUUUUUUCCAUGCUGUAUUUUUUAAAUUCUUUUUGCCGAUGAUGCUUAUUGGAUUUAUGCUUUAAUUCUAAUCCUUGUAAUAUAUUGUAUUUGAUA